AUGGCGAGCAGUGUUGAGAAAAUGGAAAGCAAAACGGAAGCACUCAGAUCUUUGUCGGAAAAUAUGAGAAAGCUAGCUGAUGAAUGUGAGAAAGAAAUAGGACCUGAAAUCCGUAAGAUAACGGGUGCAAUGAAAGAGGGAAACACCAAGCAAGUUAAGAAACACAGAAACAAUAUGAACGGCAUAAGACAUGAGGUUCUAAAUUAUCGUCGUAUAUCUAUGCGAAUAGAUUCAAUGGUGGAUUACUUCGACAAUGAACCGGAACAAAGUAGGAUGAUUCCGGAGAUUGUUCAAUCUAUGAGUUCUUCGUUAGCAGCUAAAAAUCCGAAGAAAUUGUUGAAAGCCAUGAAUAAAAUAGAGAAACGAUACUUUGAUGAAGAAGUUGUGGCCAAGUUCAAGUAUUCGGCAGCUACAUUCAUGUCCGAAGAUGAGACCAAAACUCAGAGUUGGUGGUCCGACAUUUUCAGUUUACGUAAUAUACAUCAAGCUGCUGUUCUUCAAAUGUGGUGCUAUUGA